AUGGAAAAAUUUCCAUCAACCACCGAUGGGACAGGUCAAGUCCCUCAAGUGCCUCAGAAGCUUCACAUAACAGAAGUGCCGACAACCAUCCACAACUGGCACAAGAAGUUGAACUGGUUGGGCAUUAUUCUGACCGUCCUAAUUCCCCUCUAUGGAAUGAUCGAAGCAUCGAGGACGCCUCUGCGAUAUGAGACAGCAAUAUGGUCGAUCAUAUAUUACUUUUGCACCGGCACUGGAAUCACUGCAGGGUACCAUCGACUCUGGUCUCAUCGAUCAUAUAACGCCUCCGUACCUCUGAAGGUCUACCUGGCCCUCGUCGGAGCAGGUGCAGGCGAAGGAUCCGUCAGAUGGUGGGCCAAAAACCAUCGUGCUCACCAUCGUCAUACUGAUACCGAUAAAGAUCCUUAUUCAGUCAAUAAAGGACUCGCAUAUUCGCAUAUGGGAUGGUUAGUGAACAAGCAGAAUCCAAAGCGAAUUGGUCAAACAGAGAUUACGGAUCUCAGGAACGAUGCGGUAGUCAUGUGGCAGCAUCAGAAUUAUGUGAUCCUGAUGCUUUGUAUGGUCCUUCUGCUACCUACAGCUGUCAGCGGUCUCGGAUGGAAUGACUGGAAGGGUGGCUUUGUGUAUGCUGGGAUCUUGAGAAUGUUCUUUGUUCACCAGGCUACCUUCUGCGUCAACUCGCUCGCUCACUGGCUAGGUGAUCAGCCUUAUGAGGACCGCGAUUCGCCUCGCGAUCAUCUUGUCACUGCCUUGAUAGCUUUGGGGGAAGGUUAUCAUAACUUUCAUCACGAGUUUCCCUCGGAUUACCGCAACGCAGUUCGAUGGUUUCAGUAUGAUCCGACAAAGUGGUUGAUUUGGACAUGGUGUCAGCUUGGACUUGCAUCCGACUUGAAACGAUUCCCCAGUGAUGAAAUCCAGAAGUGUCAGAUUCUGCAACAGCAGAAGCAUCUAGAUCAGGAGAAGGAGAAACAUAACUGGGGCCGACCAAUUGCUGAGUUGCCGGCAAUUGAAUGGGAUGAGUAUACCCAGGCUAAAAGUCAGGGUCGACUGCUUGUUGUUGUUGCUGGUGUUGUGCAUGAUGUCACUCAGUUUAUUGAUGAGCAUCCUGGAGGAAGACAGCUUUUAGCUAGUGGAAUUGGAAAGGAUGCCACUGAGAUGUUCUAUGGGGGUGUCUAUAAUCACUCUCGAGCUGCACACAUCCGACUUGAAGAGCUGAGGGUCGCUGUUAUCCGCGGAGGUUGCGAAGUUGAGGUUCGAAAAAAGGUGCAUAAUGAUCAAGGAUUGUAA